AGCAGUCGCAGCAAGGAGCGCGCAGGAGGUGGUCACUGUCGUACGCCAUAUUUGUUGUUAUCGUCGAUGGGGGUAGGCCAGUUCCGAGUUUUCUCGGACUCGGCUCGCUGACGGCUGUCGCGAUAACGGUCGGCGGCGAUCUCGGAACUGUGCUCGCGAGGAGGUCUGUGCGUGACGCGACGUGCGGGUUCGUCGAGGAGUCGCGGAGACUAUUCGCUUGUGCGCGCGGGCGCGUGCGGGGUGCGUGCGUGUGUGUGCGGUGCGUGGUGCGCGCGCGCGAGAGCGCGCGCGCGCUCUCUUUCUCUCUCUCUCUCCGGCCGACGUCCUUUAGCCGCGACGAGAGAAACAUCGAUGGGGUGCCACCGUGACGGCUCAGCUGUCCUGCUCCGUGCCGAGUGCGCCGCCGUGCGUGUGUGCGUGUGCACGCGCGUUUGUGUACUAUCGCCGCUCGCGUUACAGUCACGCUGGUUACGCACGGUCCGCUCGAUGGUGCCCCGUUAGCGUCGCGGCGGCGUUACUACUGGCGAACGGGGUGCGCGUGCGAGACACCAAAGGGGUUGCCACGACGAGCACUGACAUCCGGACCUCCGGACGCGGAUUUCGUACGGGGUUGGAGGUCUCCGGGUACGCGGUGGUGGAGUCUGCGUCGCCACGCGAUCGUGCAGACGAGACUCGGCGUGGCGAGCACGGUGGCAGGUAGCCACCGUCGAGGACGCGCUCGUAGUUUCGCGUGUGAUUCGCACGGCAAUUAAAACUGGCGGGCAACCUGGCUCGGUCCUCCGGCAGCGGUGGCGGCGGCGGCGGUGCUGGGGGUCGAACCGGCGGCAGAAAUGGCGAUGCUGGCGGUAAUGGUAACGGCGGUGCUGCGGGUGCUAGCGGCAGCGGGGGGGGUGCUGGUGUUGGUGCCAAUGGUGGUGGCGAUGCUAAUAGCAACGGUGGCGGGGAUGGUAACACCGCGGCUUCGAGAAACGCGGGUGCUGCAGGGGCCGCCGCCGAACCUAGUAGAAUUGGUGCGGAUGAGGCUGGAUCCGGCGGUGGACAUCUAAUCGAAUGGGAGGAAAAUGACCGCUUUUCCUUCGACGACUCCGACCGCUUCGAGGAGGACUCCCUGUGUAGCUUCAGCAGCGAGCCCGAGUCGCUGUGUAAUAACUGGCGAGGAUGGAGACGGCUUCCGCCAACGUUUGGGAUGUCCAAGAAGUCGUGCGAAGAUGGGCACCAAACGGUGCCAACUCUUUGCGAGCUUUCGGCACGAUGCGUCGCGUCUCAUAUUCCCUUCGAGCUGGUGGAACACUUCUAUCCUCCCGUACCGGAGCAGCUUCAGCUGAGAAUAGCCUUCUGGAGUUUUCCCGAUAACGAAGAGGACAUACGGCUUUAUUCAUGUCUCGCAAACGGUAGCGCUGACGAAUUUCUACGCGGCGAACAUCUCUACCGUGCCAAGACCGUUAAGGAGCCCCUACAAAUCGGAUUUCAUCUGAGUGCCAGCGUAAAUCCGCAAACGAACGGGGUCAGAGCACAGUUCAACGUCGCUGUAACAUUUGAUCGGCGCAGGAUUACAUCAUGUAAUUGCACCUGCUCCUCAACGGCCUAUUGGUGUGCGCACGUGGUAGCUGUUUGCCUGCACAGAAUACACAUGCCAACGCAAGUAUGUCUGAGGGCGCCAGUCAGCGAGUCCUUGUCACGAUUGCAUCGGGAACAACUGCAGAAAUUCGCUCAAUAUCUCAUCAGUGAAUUACCUCAGCAGAUUUUGCCCACUGCCCAGCGGCUUCUGGAUGAGCUACUCUCGACUCAGCCAAGCGCUAUUAACAGUUAUUGCGGAGCUCCGGAUCCGACCGCCGGAGCAUCCGCUUACGAUCAGACUUCCUGGUACUUAGACGAGAAGACGUUACACGACAACAUCAAGAAGAUCCUUAUUAAAUUUUGCGUGCCGGCUCCCAUAGUUUUCAGUGAUGUUAAUUAUUUAAGCACCACCGCACCCCCAGCCGCAUCCGAAUGGGCGUCCUUGCUGCGACCGUUGAGAGGUCGCGAGCCAGAGGGCAUGUGGAAUCUCCUUUCCAUCGUACGCGAGAUGUUCAAGAGAAAUGACCGCAAUGCCAUACCUUUGCUAGAGAUCAUCACGGAAGAAUGUAUGGCCUGUGAACAGAUCCUUGUUUGGUGGUUCAACACCAAAGUCGCAUUACUGAACGGCACCGGAUAUGGCAGCAAACAUAAUAUGAACAGUAAUGUACACGCUUCUCAACACGCGUGCUCGUCCUUGUGCGACGAGAUCGUGGUUCUCUGGCGAUUGGCCGCCUUAAAUCCCGGUCUAUCGCCAUCAGAGCGUGAGAUGUUGCAUGCUCAAUUUAUGGCUUGGCACUUGAAGAUCAUAGAUAAAGUCGCCAAGUGUCGUGGCAGUUCCAUGCCGCACAACUCACACAAUAGAAGUAAUAGUUCACAGAAGGAUUCCCUGAAACAUGAUCUCGCGGUCUUUACCGGAUUUAAGUCGGCGCUCGAAGCUUGCUACCUUGAUUGGGACGAAUACGUCUUGCCGGGAAUAACAUAUACCGUCGAAAACAACCCUAUGUAUCACUGUCCCUUCACAUGUUUUCGACAUGCUGGAGAUACAAGGACAGAAGUUAAUCAGGUAAAUUCCAGUUCAGCGGUAUUAAAUUAUCAGCCACCAAUGUCGCAUCAUCAUGGUCGACGGCCGUUAAAUGUAGGUCUCGUCGAGUUCAGCUACUUGGACAGACGACGACUGAAUCCGCGUGAAUUCCCAUUGUGUUCGAGAAGUGGAGGCGGCGAUGGAAAUCGUAGCAGCGUUAGCUCUGAAGGUUUCUGUGAGAAUGACACCGACAUUCCCGAUAUAUCUGAGUCUCAGGUUGUUCUCAGACAAGGUUGUGCUCAACUAAAUAAUUGCGGCGAUACCGAUUCGCAGGAAGGGGCUGGUAGUGAGUCAUCUUCCAACAGUAAUGUUAGUAUGAAGAACGCUCAAGGCUCGGACAAGCAUCGCUCAAACGCCUCGUCCGAGACACAUAGUGAUAGUAGUGAUAGUAGUAAUAACAAACCUACAUCCGAGAACGCGAAGUGCAGUAGGACGAAUCAUGCGGAGUGCCGUGAUAAAUCGCGCGCGGUUGCACCCAAAGGGGUCAGUGUUAAGAAUGAACACGAAUCCGAUCAAGAAAAGGAAGCUGGAAGGCCAUUCAAAGACGAGAGCUCCUCAUCUAGUAGUGACAGUCCUUCCGGUGAUGAAUACAAUGUCUACUAUUACGAUCCUAAAGCUGUAACCAAUAAUAUUGGUCUACCGAGUAAAUAUGCUAAAAGCAAUAUGCAUACCGCUACCACUCAGGAUGCCAGUAUAGUUCUAAAUAAUUUGAAGAAAACGGAAGAUCCAUGGGACAUUUUAUUCGCGCGAGCAGAAGGACUUUAUGCUCACGGUCACACGAGAGAAGCCUGUAUUAUUGGAGUACAGCUAGCCGAGGAACUCUUGGCCAAUCCUCCAGAUCUCAUGAUCGAGGGACCGCCGGUGCCGGUAAAAAACAAACGAAAGAGGCAACAUGUAAAUCCGGCCUCUCACCAGGUAACAUGUCUUGCCUCAGCAACUUUAGCAAAAUGUGGAUUCUUGUGCACAGUACUUGCCGAAAAUCCAGAAUAUCACAAUCUGGCAUUUCGCGUAGGUCUUUUUGGCUUGGAGAUGGCUAGACCACCCGCUAAUACAAAACCUUUAGAAGUCAAACUGGCUCAUCAAGAAAGCGAAUUGGUAGUUUUGUUGAAAAGAAUUCCUUUAGGACCGACUGAAUUAGCUAUGAUAAAACAAAGAGCCGAGCAAUUGAAAGAUGGAGUUAUGAGAUCAAGAGGACACGCGCUUUUACCCAUUAUGUUGGCUAGUUUCAUUUACGAUGCGCUCGAUGUACCAAAAAAUAGAAAUAUAAAAUAUUUCACAGGAGUGAAACUACCUUCGGAAAUCGAUCCAAAUCUUGGAUUUGACGCUGCGGUGGCUGUUUUGGGAUUAAAGGCGAAUGUAAGUGAAGCAGAUCAUCCUCUUCUUUGUGAAGGGACUCGCAGACAGAGAGGAGAUUUGGCUAUUACUUUGCUCGUUCAUUACAAAGAUGAUCCCGUAAAAUUGGCCAGAAUAAUGGACAAGUUGUUGGACCGAGAUGUUCAUCAACUUAUUAAAUCACCUAUUCUUAGUAGUUAUUAUACUUCUAAUCCUCCUACAAAGAGUGAGAUGGCACGGUUUGUUCACGAUGAAGAACGUUCGUCUCCUCUAGCUGGAACUGAUAAUAAUGGUGAAAACUUAUCACUUGUUGGCGCUAACAGCAGACCUCACAGCAGUACGAGCGCAGAAUUAGAGGGUGGUAUGAGUGCAUUAACUAUACAACCGCAAAUUGUACAGCCACCUGUGCCUAUUAGAACUAAAGAAGCACGAUAUAAGAGUAAAAGGCUAUAUCCGUCUAUUCCCAAUCAACCGUCGGAAGCAAGCGCGCACUUCAUGUGCGAAUUAGCGAAGACUGUCUUAUCGAAGGCUGGUGGUACCAGUUCAACUUCAUUAUUCACUCAACCAUCCACUAGUCAAAAUCAUCAUGGUCCCCAUAGAGCGCUUCAUAUGUGUGCUUUCCAACUUGGCUUAUAUGCCCUUGGUCUCCAUAAUUGCGUUAGCCCGAAUUGGCUCAGUCGUACAUAUUCAAGCCACGUGUCUUGGAUAACCGGCCAAGCAAUGGAAAUCGGAGCUCCAGCAAUUUGGUUCCUUAUUGACAGCUGGGAAGGACACCUGACGCCGCCGGAAGCUGUCAGUAUAGCUGAUAAGUCUUCAAGAGGUAGCGAUCCGAAUAUGGUUAGAGCAGCUGCGGAACUUGCUUUAUCUUGCCUACCGCAUGCACACGCUCUUAAUCCUAAUGAAAUUCAGAGAGCUAUAUCUCAGUGCAAGGAACAAAGUGAGGCCAUGCUAGAAAAAGCUUGUAUCACUGUGGAGAAUACUGCGAAAGGGACUUCUGGUGUUUAUCCAGAGGUACUUUUUCAGGUGGCAAAGUAUUGGUACGAGUUAUAUCUUCGGCAAACUCCCGGUGGAGAUCAACAGGAUGAGAUUCCUUAUGAUCCUCUACAAUUAGAUCUUAAUGGGGUAUUACUAGUUGAUCCAGGACCAUCUGUGGAUUUGUCAAAUACUCAAAUGAUGCCCGGACCGGCACAGACGGUUGUCGUUACCAGUACACAACCACCACCGCCUCAGCACUACACUCAUCCAACAAUUACGACUCUGGCACCUUUAGGCGUUGGCAUGCCGUACGCCAUGGGCCCUUAUAGUUUUGUACAUCCUCAUCAUUCUAUCGCGACGUUCAGUGGUCCGAUGCCUUCGCACAGAGUCACUCUACCACCUGCGCCACACAUGCAAAUGUAUCAUCCAUUUCCACAUCAUCCUGGACAUCCUCAACAUCCACCGCAUCCACAUCAUCCAUCUCCGGCUGCUCCACCUCCACCUGGACCAUAUUAUACACCGCAACCUCCACCGACACCAGGAACGCGUCAUUUAUACACGAUGCAACAGCCUAUACCAGUCCAAGCGGGAGUGGCGGGUCCUCUUCCUGGACAAAACAGUUUACCUGGUCCCGCAUUAGUUCAAACGCAAUCUAUAAUAUCAACUGUGAGAGCUCAACCUCAGGUUCAUAGACAAAACCAGACAUUUAAUCAACAACAAUUACGGACUCUUGUUUCUGCAUACCGUGUAGGUAUGCUAGCAUUAGAAACUUUGGCUCGCAGAGUGCAUGAUGAUCGGCCUCAAGCCAAAUACGCGCGGAAUCCGCCCUAUGGGGAGGAUGUUAAAUUCUUGCUCAGAGUUGCGAAACGGCUUGGUACCCAAUACAUGCAUCAAAUUUGCAUCUGUGCUGUAAAUAGCAUUGUGAGCCCUUUUGUCCUUCACCAUGUUGCUCUGGAAGCAGCUCAAUAUCUUGCUAGAAAUAAUCCAACGCUCAUCGUGCAGCACUUGAGAUCUGCCUUACUGGCUCCACUAGUACACAAAUGCCAACAAAUGUAUAUUCAGUGCAUGCAUCAAAAAUUAUAUCAUUUAACAGCUGGCGAUUACGAAGAAUUUGCUAGUAUUGUUUGUGCAGCAAGGGCUGCUUUUCAAAUCAAUCCGGAAGGAAAUACUCAAUUCAAAGAGUGGUUACAAUCGAUCAAAAGAUCUCAAUCUUGUAAUAAAGAUUUAUGGGCGCAGAUCAACGCAGCGCUACAACAGACCGGCAAAUGACACAGGACGGAGCCAGGCGUGACGUGGCUCACUUCCCUUCCUCCUCACCCUCAACCAUCCCUGCCGCCUCCACCACCGACAACUCUCGUAUUACAGCAUCAACAUCCCUGUCACCCCCAUCCACAGAGCGUCGUAUGCGUUCACGGGCUGGCUACAGUCAAUAAGCUCGCUUGGGAUAAAAUCUCCAUACCAUGCAUCAUUGAGGAACCGGCAGCGCAUCAGAUGCCGCCACCUCCUCAACACCAGAUAACCGGGCCACCGGGACCAUCUGCAUGGCAAGAGCCAAUCGACAGCCGUGGUUCUCAGGGGAUUAAUAACAGAGACGAGCGAGAUUUAUCUCAAGUUUAGUUAAUGUAUCUAGAAACGCGUGAGUAGUUGAUGAUGAUCAAGAUGAUCAAUUGAAGAGGAUAUAUGAGUUAGAUUAGGUUUAAUAUGAAUAAGUGAAAACAGCUUAAUGUAUAAGCUUGUGUGUUAAGUUUUACAUAUAUGCAUUAUCGCUUGCAUGAUAAGAUUUACAUAGAAAAAAACAUUCAGUGCGCUGAUUUUUAUGUAAGGAUCUUCUGCAUAAAGUGAUAUGUGUAUAUUAUAUUAACGGCCAUGAAUCAAAAUUCAUGUUCUGACUUGGAGUCAUAUCGGACGUGCGAGCGAGUCAUAAAGUACUCACAGCAUUUCUUUAUAUUAAGAUAAAUUAAUUUUGAAUAAAUAUGAAUAAGCUCAAUAUAUCUAAUCGGAUUGGAUCGGUAAUAUUAUGAUUGGUCGAAGAUUCAACGUGAUUUAUUAGUCAAGGACAUCUCGUUUUGCCAGAUACAAUUCUUCAUCGCAAAAUGUCAUAUCUUUUUGAUAUUUUUUUUUCUUAUAGAGACAAUUGCAGUAUAUGAUUACAAUCAUCAAUUUUUUUCUCUAAAAAUUCAUAUUUACUUCAUAUUUGAGAACAUAGUAAAUAUUUUGAAAAAAUGUUGCUUUUUAUUUAAUUUAUUAUCGUAUCCCUGAAUGCGACACAAUUAAUGCCAAUAAUAAAAUAAAUGUAACCAGAGAAAUUUGAUUGUAUUCAUUCUAAUUUAAAACUAAUUUUUUUAUUGAUGUCAGAUAAAGGACCUAUUUUGUGAAGAAAAUUUUGGAAAGAAAAUGCACGUUUCCGUUUUCAACAGAAUAUUUACCAGUUGCAUUUUUAUUGAGACGGAUCAUAGAAAUCAAUCUUCCUGUUAUUAUUAAAUUACUUGAAUCCGAGAUUAUGUUGACUAAUGACAAAAAAAUAUAGUAGAAUAUCAUUCAAAUAAAAUUAAAAGACGAAAGGAUAUCUUAAGUAUAACAAUCAUAAAAGUAAAAUAAAAAAAGACAAUUAAAAUUUUUCAUCUAUUUGAAGCUUAUCAAAUAUUUCUUGAUGAAUGAAGAAAUAGAAUUUUUAUAAAUUAAUAAGAAAGAAUUAAUAUGUAAAAUAACAUUUAUGUUGGAUCUUAAAUGAAGGAGCAGUUUGUCGCAUAUCGAAACCGCCUCAAAAAAAUCGAUGUAAUUCUUUUUCUAAAAAAGAAAAGUAAUGCAGUUCUCCAUGAAUUUUAAAGAAGUUGGUGGCAGAACACCUAUACUGCAUUCACUAUUUUUAUUUUAUUUUCAUUUUUUUAUAUUAAAAAGAAUCGGAAAAAAAUACAAAAAAGAGGAGGAGAUAGAAGAAAGGAAUAAUAUAUUUAAUUUAUAUCACAAAUUAAAUUUAUAUUUGAAAAUUAAUUACGUAACUUUAUUUAAUUUAUUUUCAAAUAUAACUAAUAAAAAAAUACAUUAAUCGAACGAUAUUUAAUAUUAUAUAGAAUUAGUAUGUAGUAUGAUACAAUUCGAAUAUAAUAUAAAAAAUACUGUGCUGAGAAAGUUUUCUUACCAGCAGAAACAUAAAUUAAUUUAUAUUAGAUUGAAUAAUUAAAUAAAUUUAGUAUAUAAUAUAUAAAAAAAAUGUUCUUAUCCUUUUAUAUUGAGUUUUACAUGUGGACUGAAUAUACUGUGUAAGAGUGAAGAACUGUAUAACUUUUUACUACAUCUUUUUACUACUACUUUUUACUAACUGAAAAUCAGAAAAAGUGGCUUAUUAAUUAAAAAAUUCAGAAAUCAAAUAAGAUAGAGCGAUGCCGAGACGCAAGUGAAAAUUUUUUUUCUCAUAAUUUUUCAAAGAAAAAGAGAAAAAGUCAAGUGAAAUUUCUUGAUAUGAUUCUAUUUAUCUUUUAUUUCUGGUUCUAUUUUUAUUUCUUGACGUGUCACUGAUAUAUCUUGUAUACUUUUGUAUUUUACAUUUGAACUGUACAUCUAAUAUGCUUGCAUCUUACUUAUUUUACGUUUAAACUGUUCUAAUAUGGUAUUACCAUUUGUAACUUAUCUGUCUAUGUUUGAACUUCACAACUGUCACAAUUUAUGUUUGUCUUUUUACGGUGCAUUAUAUCGCGUCCGGCAUCCUUUUAUUAUACUUUUUCUACAAGUGGAAUGGUUCACUUAUGAUGUGUAAUUAUAUUUUUUAACAUAAAGUAUUUCUAAUUAUUUACUAUUGCUCUCUUAUUUUACACAGAAUAAUGAAACAGUCAAGAAAAUACAUUAGUUGAACAAAUUGAUUUUGCCAAGCCUAUAUAUAUAUAUAUAUAUAUAUAUAUAUAUAUAUAUAUAUAUAUAUAUAUAGUAUCGAUUUUUGCAUCUGACAGACCAGUUACGCGAACUAUUUUGUUUGCAUUCACUCAAAUAAAAAACAUCAUUUGAAGAAUAACAGAACACAAAUUUUAAUAUUUCCAACUGUAGAAAUACCUAAUUGAACAUGUUGUAAACAGACAUGCAUCGAGUGAUGACAUACAAAUUUCUCGACAUUCAACUGUUGUUUUUUAAUAUCUGGUUUGUUGAUUGAGAUCGAUCUGUUGGUUUAUUAAUUUUUUUAGUAUUAAUUUUCUUGGUCAUUUGUUACAUAGAAAAUAUAAACCAACGAAAUGCAACGAUAUAAUAUAUAUAUAUUAUAUGUUAUAUGUUAUAAUACAUAUUAUAUAUCGUAAUGUAUACGUUGUAUAUUAUUUAUUAAAUACUAUAUAUAAAUAUGUAUAAAACAUACAUAUGCUGAAUAAAAAAUUUCAUUCCCGUUACGUAAAAGCAUGAUAGAGACGAACAUUGUUUUGAAUCUCAAUUAUGUGCUGUAUGACGUGAGAUAUAUGAAUUGCAAAACAACUUGAUGAUAGCAAUCCUAUACUGCAUAUUUACAGCUUUUUUUUUUAAAGAUAAAUGGGAAAAGAAAUAAAAAGAAGGAAAAGCUCGAAAGGAUUAAGCAUAAAAGUAUAAGAAUUGAUAAUUCAUUAAAUUUAUAAAAUGGUAUUAAUGUUAGAAUGUAACCUGGAAAAGAUAUUCUUCUGAAUUUUUACCGACGUAAAACAUGUAAAUUGGAUUAAGACAUGAACAAUUAAAUAAGUUUAAAUGUAUGCUAUAGCGAAUAAGUUGACGCAAAUUCUGUUGGAUGCAGCAGUGCGCAUUAGUGCAGAUUAGAUGUACGAUUUAGGUGUACGUAAAUUUAAAAAUUUUAAAACCACAUGCAUAGAGAUAACUAUAUCAGUUAGAUAUAGUAUAUCGGCAUAAGAACGAGCAGCGAAGAACGAGUAAAAUAAAAUCUAUUAAAAACUUUUUUUAGCAUAUUGCUUUGUAGGCGAAUAAGCGGGAUUCCCAUAAUGUGAAUCGAAUUCACGAAUGAAUGUUGCGGAUGUUGUUCAUCGUUUAUUCGCUAAAACUCGUUUUUAUGCUUUUACAUUUAGGAAAAUUAGCGUAUUUUAAAUUUUAGUCUGUAUCCAACCGAAUCCAUUUAUAUUAAGGGGGUAUACUCAUCUAGAUUAGUCCAAACAAAUCAAAACAAAGCCUAAAAUGAAUUUUUUUUGUAGGAAAAUGAACAGAGACAAAGUAGUCGAAUUUAUUUCAUUGUAAAGAUUGUAUUUUUCUUCUGUCAUUUAAAUUUUAUUAAGAAAUAAUUAAAAAUUGCAUCGUUAUUAAAAUUCUUGAAAAACUUGUUUUCAAAAAUACGCUAUAAAUAAUUUGCUAUUAAUGAACACAAUAGAAAAAAACGAGAAAGACCUUUCGUUAUACUUAUGGGAAUCUCAAAGAUCUAUCUAGCGCACUCGCCGGGCUCGAACUUACUCGAUUAAUGUCGUAACUUUUCCAUUUUUCGUCGAAUCGAUUUAUAGAAACAUUCUUUAGAUAUCAAACUUUAAAAAUAAGUAAAAAAUAUCGAUUUGUUGAACCCUUCUAGAUGAAUAUACCUUCUUAAGUUUUUCAUGUACAUAUUAAACUUAAAUACUUUGUGACUCGCACGAUUAACGUGAAAAAGAACAAUGCUACCACGUGCGUUUCCGCGAAUCAGAUAAUUAUUAUGAUACAUUGAACAUCAGAAUUCCCGAUGAAGUAAUUUAUAAAAGCGUCUUUUGCGUAAAGAAGCGAUGUAUGUGUAUUAUAUUAACGUUAAGAAUCAAAAUUCACGUUUGGACUUUGACUCACGUCGGAAGAAUCAUCGAAUAUCAUUUUUUGCGAGACCAUUUCUUUGGGUUAAUUUCGCAUCUCUGGCCGCAAUUAGAUAGGAAAAUUUUACUUUCACUGAUAGAUAGACUUAAUUAUUGUCUUAUUUUAUUUUUGUAAACAAACAAGUUUAAAUAACGAUGAUGUCUAUUUAUGUAACAGUAUAGUAGUACGAAAUCCGUAUAUAUAUAUAGAUAAUUACUUAACGUUAUAUAUACAUUUUGAUGAAAGUACGUUUUUACUAUCUUCUAGCACUUUACUAUUCUCUAACGGACCAUUACAUCUUCUUAUUUUCUUCUUUUUUUCAUCCCGUCACUUAUAUUUCAUUUCGCUUUUCAUUGUAACAGAUUUCAUAGAUUUACAUUAUGCCGAUCGUAACGUAUUCUUAUUUGUCAUUAUUGACAGUUCGUAAACGAAAUGAUCUCUGUAAUUUUUAAAUUAAAUAAUUUGAGAUAUAUAAAUAUAUAUAUAUAUACAUAAAUAAAGAAGAUAAAUAUUACAGUCAACAUAUCAGCUUCAAUGUUGAGCCGUCUUGUCCAUACAACACCAGCCUCCAACGAAAUACAACUGGAAAUAUCUCGUCUUUAUUUUUUUUUAAUACCUUAUUUAACAUGCGUUACAUUUUUUGUUUUUCUGUUCUUUUCACAUUUUUUUCCGAAAAGAAUAUAUUGUAACAUAACGUGUUUCUUACUGCCUUAUUGAAGAUAAUUAACAUAGGCUCGUAAAUGAGAUAAUUAUGAAACCAUUUUAAUAUAUUUUGCGUUUUUGACAUUACACCUUUAAAUCACUUGUUGUGCUAUCAUGAAAAAGAUGAAAAGAGUUCAUUGCUUACGUUAUCUGGUAGCCUAAGUAAGUUAAAAAAAUUAAAUAAUCUAAAUACCGUGAUGUAUAUGCGGUAAGAGAGAGAAGAUUUAUUUUCACUAUAUAAUUAAAUGCUUAUAACAUACAUACACGCACGAGUAGCACGCCGCGCGAGGUAUAUUACAAGCUUGAACAAUUGUUAUUGUUUUUAGUAUGAACUCUGAACAGUGCCUCGUCAAAAUCUAUGUGAAACUCUUUCCACAAGAGCCGAGAGACGUUCUACAUAAGGUCUACUGUCUGUAAUUCGUCUAUGAUAUUGUUUACUGUCUGUAAUUAUGUAAUUCCUUGUUAAUUCAACAUGUAAGUGGCUCGUAAAAUACUGAAGUGACAUCGACAAGUAUUGAACAAGUAUCAGACUCGAACGCGUUCUGUAAAUCGUUUAGAAUCGCUGCACUUUGUCGUGUUAAGAUAGAUUUAAUGAACGUGUACGUUACUCGCGAGUGCAGUCAACAUUUGCCUUAAAAAAAUUGAGCUGAUCGCAGCGAUACUUACUACAGGUGUGGUAGUCUGAUUCAUCUGAUUAAUCUUACUGGCAAUGUCUAUUCUGCGUCUUUGAGACUUGAAGCCCGUAGCAAAUUCUCUACGGAGACCACGAUCACGAAUUGGAGAUUGGAAUUUGAUCAAUCGGAACGAAAUGAAUUAAAAUUAUAAUUAUUUGAUUGAUCAAAUUCUAAUUUUUAAUUUUCAAUCGUCGAUCUCUAAUACGGGCUCGACAUCAGUCUGACGAUUGACACGUUUGGAAAGUUCUAAAGGCAGAAAUGGCAUUCUGCUUCGGUAUCUUAUAACGCGUAACGUAAUUCGUAUUGAUGUUUUUUUGUAAUAGCGUUUCAGAUAAUGCCGAAUGAGAUUCAAAGAGACUACAUAUUCGUAGACAAGUGAAAGGCGUUGUGUAGACUUAAAUACGUACGCGAGAAGCAUUUUAAAUGGCACUGCCACUAAUUUACAAUAUCGUGACGAUGAUGAUUGUGAUUUGGAAGAGCAAUAUCAAGCGUUCAUCAGCAUCGCGUCGCAUCGCGACGUUGAUGCUGCGAGCAUCGGGAAUAGAUAUGUUCUUCGCAUUCACGAAGUUAAGGCUGCGCUUCAGUAUUUUUCAAAAACACGAUGCAAUUUAUACAACUCCUUCGUCUCUCAUUAUCUUCUUUAAUGUUUUACGAAAAAAAACAUCUGUCGUAAAAGAUUAACUUUCCGAAAUUAAUUUCUGACGUUUCGAAGUAUGAUUAUUAACUGUAUUACGAAAACAAAAAUUACGGACAUAUCAGUAAAAUUAUUUUGUGAUAAUAUUAACUCGUUAAUGAUUUUACACACAAAUUGUAUUUUUACUCUGUUCGAUAGUAACUGAUUGAUCAUGUUUGCCCUUCCUAUCAUUUAUUUUUUUAACAUGAUAGAAAAACUGAAACGCUGCAUCGAGCUUUAACUACCGUGCUCUCUCCACUUGUUACACAGACAGUUAACAAUAUUAUACAAAUACUUCGUGUCACGAUUAAAAAGAUAUUACUUGGGUAAAGAAGACGUAUAUAUAGAAUAUGUUUCGUUCGUACAUUUCUUAUGUAUUCAGCAACAUCAAAUGAUCCGCAGAUGGAUUCGCUGCUCUCGUCUAGAUGGAAGUAUAUUUGAUCUAGAUACAUUUGCGUAUUGUACGUAUAAUAAUCGAUAACAAUACGCUCGUAGAAUCGUAGAGACGUCUCAUUAGCCUACUUAUGAUUACAAGAUUUUUAGUAUUAGAGACUGUGGUCCAUAUAUCUCGCGAAGAGAGGACGCACUUAGGAUGAGGGUAAUGUCCUUCCGCGCGAUGGACACACACACACACACACACAUUAUAUAUAUAUAUAUAUAUAUAUAUAUAUAUAUAUAUAUAUAUCAGACAUAUAUCAUGUAUUUAGAUAAUAAAUGUAGGCUGUUAGAAUAUAUUAUCUAUUUUACGUACCGUAAGUUUUAAGAUGAUAUUGCACCAGAGUAUUUCUCAUUCUUAAUUCGUGUGAUCGUUUUACAAAAUUGGAACAGUAACGAUGCAACGCAAUAGAAAAAAAUAGAUAAAAAUAAAAAUAUAGCAAUUAAUAUAAAAAUUUUUGAGUGAAAUAAAAAUUUCUUUUUACUACGCACUUGUUUGAGCAAUUUCACUUAAUUUACGGUACGUACUUGUAAAAUACAAAUUUUUGUACGUGCUUGUACAUGAAAAUUCGCAAAAACACGAAGUAUGCGUGUACUUCAACGUUUAUGCGAAUAUUUUAUGUGGUGUGUUAUAAAACACUUGUGUUUCUCUACUGAAAGAAAGAGGAACAGAGAUCUCCAAGAAGCCAAUGGACAUAACAUUUCCACGCGAUUAUUGUGACUUUACAAGCUGACUUUAACUCUUGAAGGAAGAAAAUUGUGCUGAAAUAUUAUUAUUAAAUCAAAGACAUUGAUAUUAUAAUUACAUCUUAAAAAAGAGAGCCGAAGGGAAAGAAUUGUAGUACCACGUUUUACGGACUAUAAAAAUCUCGAGAGAAUUUGAUUUUUCACGAAGAGAAGUGAAGAAGUGAAAAUAUCGAUAAUGCUACAGAAUAAAGAUAUGUCGAUAUUAAAAUGUCGACAUUGUGCGCAAUUUUUUUGUUAUGUAUAAUGUAAUAUAUUUUGAUUUGAUUAUGCGUUAUUAAGAUAGAUAAUUGCCAUUUUAUUUUAACAUGAAGAAUCAUACUUCUGAAAUCUCUAAUGCAUUAUGUAUAUGUAUUAGACUCAACUCUCCUGAUUGAGUCAUCGUAACGAACUGGCGAGUGUAUAAAUUUUUGAUAAUCUUUUUCCAUUAUGUAUCGACGCAACAUAUGUGUACAGCAAUCACAGUAAAUUGAGAUCUUAUAAUUUGAUUGUAAAUUAUUAUCGUUAAAGCUGCUCGACUAUUUUUUUUGUACCAUUUUCUUUAUCAGCGAUAUAUCUAUCAAUAUUUUUUCGAUUAUUUGCUCAAUUUAUAUCCGAUUUCAUCAAUUUGAUGGAUGUGCCGAUAAGUUAUAUAUAUACAAUUCCAUAUAUAGUUCACAUUGACAUACUUUAAUCGAACUGUUUAAACAUGUAAUGAAAAAAAAAUAAAAAAUAAAAAAAUGCGAGACAAGAUGUGAGGAAAGAGAUAUCUAGCAUCGUGUAAGAAUUGUAGCGACAUCGAUGAUGCGCGUGUAAUGAACUGUGGAUGAAACUAAAGGAACGCAAUCCAGAGCUGAAGUUCCUUCCGCCUUUCUAUCGGAAGUAGAAGUCUCUUUUUUAGCGGCACCAGCGACAAAAAAAGAUUUGGACAUUUUUAACGAUGUAAAUGAUAACUAUUGGGCGCAAGACGCUGUGCUCGCUUCUUUCAGUGAUUCAAUAUAUAUGUACUUUUACCCUCUUAUUAAAUAUAAUAGAAAUAUUUAAUGUAAGUAUCUCAAUAACGAAAUGAUGAUACCUACUCUCUAAAUUCAUUUUUCUACUUUUAAAGCACCGCAAUAAUUUCAUCUGUUUCCAUAAUUAAAAUGUUAUUUAAGUAAAUCAAACUCGUGUCGUCUGUCGCUUGACAAAACAAUAAUUAAUUACUCGCACGGUUUGUAUCAAAUUGGCCCUAUUUUUGUUCUGCCUUUAUCUCGUAAGCGAGACAGAUUUGUAGUUUGAGAAAUACAUUAGGAAAUAUUUAUACUGUAAAUAUAUACGGGCCCGUAUUGCCGCUCGAUCGCGAUUACGAGGGACACGACAUUCUCUCGAAGCGCAGUAGAAAAUAAAAUAAAAGAUUCGGCGAGAGACCGCGAAAUUCGAUCGCGCCGAAUAUAUUUUUCGAGGGACGACGAAUUUUUGAGAGAGAGAGAGAGAUAUAACGAAAUUUCAAUUUCCCCCCCGCCCCGGUUCGAAAAAGUCGAGUCCUUGUCGUGGUACGAUCCUGCGACAUCGUAGUAGUUGAUUACUCUUAUCGAAGUAUAAUACGUAAGUUUUAAAUAUUAAGAUCAGUCCGCAGCUUUGUGGAGACGCCGAGCGCGCGGAGAAUUGUAUUCAUUAUAUUAUAAAAAGCCCGAUAUCGAAAGAUUUAAUCAGCGCGUUUACCAACGCGCAAAUCUAAUUUACCUGUGGGUUAGAUCUCUUUACAAAUAACUUUAAGAAAUAAAAGCGAUUUCUACAGUCUCCACAUCGCUGUGCUGUUCUGCAUAAAUAUAUGAAAAUGCGCGUUGAUUGUGUAAAAAAAAAAUUGAUUAUGUCGUUGAUAACUCCGGUGUCAGAAGCGAACAUUACGUUGCCUCAGAAACCUCCCCGUUUGGACCCAGGAUUUCUAAUUUACUCGAAGAACGUUUCGAGAUGAGAAAAAAGUGUUUAUAAAAAAAAAAAUAAUAAAAUGUUACUAAUUAACACACCGUGCUGCAUGCACAUCGGCUUUAACCGCGUUGCGGAUUUAGGUAUUGUAGAACACUCUUAAACUUUCGUGUGCCACGUAGGAUAGGCCUGACGUUCGACGAAUCCGAUCGCGAGAGGGGAGAAAAGUAAUUUUGAUACGAAAGCCCCGCGGCUUUAUUUGUAAUCCGCUAUUGGCAUUGAUUUGAGACUGUCAGGCGCGCGUCCGAUGCUAUAAAUUACCGUCUCUCGCACGUGCGGGCUGCGGAAUAAACUGGUUAGGCCUAUCUUGCUCUCAAUCAACAUUGUCAUUUGAGAUACAUUCGUCAUGAUCAUCAAUAUAUCAGGUUUACUCUUCAGGUCAUCGAGUAGAACGUAGAGUUUUUCAACUUCUAGGUGUUAAAAGGAUAUUUUAUAAGCUAUAAGAAUGUACGCAUAUUAUAUCUAUAUACAGACACGUAUAUAUUAUAUCACGUAAGGGCAUUAUGCGUGUGUAAUAUAUACUAUAAAUAAAUAAAAAAAAAAUAUAUAUAUAUAUUCAAAUGUACAAUUUUACAUCGUGGAUGUAUUGUUAUAGAUUAACCGCGUAAAGGUGGCCUCGUCACGCUCUAACUUUGGAAGAACGAGGCCACUUUCGCUUGCUCUUUUACGGAAGACACGUAAGAGUAUAUACAUAUAUAAAUAUACAUAAAUAUAUAAAUAUAAAUAUAUAUAUAUAUAUAAAAUUUGUCAUUAUAUUCCCGCUAAGGUACUUAUUAUUAAUGGCUAUUACGGCAUGGUAAUCGUGAAUGUUGUGGAGUGGAUCUAUUUAUGAAUCCGUCGAUCGUUAAUGUAAUCAAACGUGUUCUGCGUGACUUUUAAUAAUAGAACACUUUAAAACUGAU